UUCUCGUGGUUUAAAAUGGCGGCGUUGAGCAGCGCCGAGUCCCCACCGCCCGUCUUCAACGGAGACACCAUGAACCGCGAUCCGGAGCGGGACCCGGGACUGGACGAGCUGGGCGCGGGGCUCGAACCCGCCUGUCCCGGAGAAGCGGCGAUCCCCGAGUGUCAACAGGGCAUUCCCGAGGAGAUAUGGAACAUUAAACAGAUGAUUAAGUUAACUCAAGAGCACCUAGAAGCCCUUUUAGAUAAGUUUGGAGGAGAACACAAUCCACCGUCUAUAUAUCUAGAGGCCUAUGAGGAGUACACUAGUAAGCUGGAUGCAUUACAGCAGCGGGAGCAGCAGCUUUUGGAAGCUAUUGGGAACGGGACCGAGUUCUGCUCCUCGCCGACACCCACCCUGCUGGACGUGAAGGGACAGGGCGUUCAGAGCGCCCCCGCUGCCCCAAACACCCUGGCUGUCCUGCAGAUGCCCACUGACGCAACACGAGGCAAUCCCCGCUCGCCCCAGAAACCCAUCGUCAGGGUCUUCCUGCCCAACAAACAGAGGACAGUGGUUCCAGCUCGUUGUGGCAUGACAGUCAGAGACUCCUUAAAGAAGGCUCUGAUGAUGCGAGGCUUGAUCCCAGAAUGCUGUGCAGUCUAUAGGGUUCAGGAUGGAGAGAAAAAGCCCAUUGGCUGGGACACAGACAUUUCCUGGUUGACGGGGGAAGAGCUUCACGUUGAAGUUUUAGAGAAUGUGCCAUUGACGACCCAUAAUUUUGUCCGAAAGACCUUCUUCACGCUGGCCUUCUGUGAUUUUUGCCGGAAGUUGUUGUUUCAAGGCUUCCGCUGUCAGACGUGUGGCUAUAAGUUUCACCAGCGCUGCAGCACUGAGGUCCCGCUCAUGUGUGUCAACUAUGAUCAGCUGGAUUUAUUGCUGGCAUCAAAAUUUCUGGUGCACCACCCCAUUACCCAGGAGGAGGCAUCAUCAGAGGGCACGACACCCAUUUCAGAGAUGUGCCCCUCGCUACCACCAUCCGAAUCUACUGGUUCUCUGUGCCAUCCUACUGUGUCCCCGUCCAAAUCCAUCCCUAUCCCGCAAUCCUUUAGACCUGGAGAGGAGGACCACCGUAACCAGUUUGGCCAGAGGGAUCGCUCGUCCUCGGCCCCUAACGUCCAUAUCAACACUAUUGAGCCGGUCAACAUUGAUGAUUUGAUUCGUGAUCAAGGCUUACCGAGGUCAGAUGGAGCCCCCUCGCAACACCCAGCCCGCUGCUUGAGGAAGAACCGAACACGGACCUCAAGCCCCCUUCUGUCCUCCCACCCCAAUGACAUUGUCUUUGAUUUUGAGCCUGAGCCAGUGUUCAGAGGCUCCACAACAGGCCUGUCCGCUACUCCUCCUGCCUCCCUGCCUGGUUCCCUGCCCAAUGUGAAGGUGUCAAAAUCACCGUGCCAACCGAGGGAGAGGAAGCCAUCGUCUUCAUCUGAGGACCGCAAUAAAAUGAAAACUCUGGGUCGACGGGACUCGAGCGAUGAUUGGGAGAUCCCAGAAGGGCAGAUUACUCUGGGCCAGCGGAUAGGAUCUGGUUCUUUUGGGACAGUUUACAAGGGGAAAUGGCACGGUGACGUGGCGGUAAAGAUGUUGAAUGUUACAGCUCCCACUCCACAGCAGCUACAAGCCUUUAAGAAUGAAGUGGGUGUCCUCAGGAAAACCCGUCAUGUGAAUAUCCUGCUGUUCAUGGGCUACACUACCAAACCCCAGCUGGCUAUUGUUACUCAGUGGUGCGAAGGCUCGAGUCUCUACCAUCACCUGCACAUCAUCGAGACCAAGUUCGAGAUGAUCAAGCUGAUCGACAUUGCCCGACAGACGGCUCAGGGCAUGGACUAUCUGCACGCAAAGUCCAUCAUCCAUAGAGAUCUGAAGAGUAACAACAUCUUUUUGCACGAGGAUUUAACGGUAAAGAUUGGAGAUUUUGGUCUGGCUACAGUGAAGUCUCGCUGGAGCGGAUCGCACCAGUUUGAGCAGCUUUCAGGCUCUAUCUUGUGGAUGGCUCCUGAAGUGAUCAGACUGCAGGAUAAAAACCCAUAUAGUUUCCAGUCAGACGUCUACGCAUUCGGCAUAGUGCUUUAUGAGCUUAUGUCAGGGGCUUUGCCUUAUUCCAACAUCAACAACAGAGACCAGAUUAUCUUCAUGGUUGGCCGAGGUUACUUGUCUCCUGACUUGAGCAAAGUGCGCAGCAAUUGUCCCAAGGCCAUGAAGAGACUUAUGGCAGAUUGUCUGAAGAAAAAGCGAGAAGAAAGACCUCUUUUCCCUCAGAUCUUGGCCUCCAUCGAGUUAUUGGCACGAUCUCUGCCCAAAAUCCACCGCAGCGCCUCUGAACCAUCCCUGAACCGCGCUGGCUUCCAGACGGAGGACUUCAGCCUAUACACCUGCGCUUCCCCCAAAACACCCAUUCAGGCCGGUGGCUAUGGAGAAUUCACAGCGUUUAAAUAAUGCUGCAAAUCCUAAACCUCCAUCCCUUGUCAGUUUUUAAGACGUCUUGUGUUCCUACGGUGGGUUCAUCCAUAACAAAACAGAAAAAGGACAAGUUUUCAAAGAAUGUGCUGUUUUUCUUCCUCUUUACCCGAAGAGCUGCGGCCUCAACGGAAUUGCAUUAAAAUAAAAACAUCUCUGCAGGGUGUCAUUUUACAAAAAAAAUAAAUGUCAUAAGCAUCACCGGACAACUCUUAAUACAGCAUACAAUGGAGAAGGAAAAACAAAAGACUGAUCCUGAUCACUGGAAAAAGAAACAAACCCGAAUAGGUCAAAUAGCAGGGAUUAAAUAAAAGAGAGAUGAAUGAGUUUGGGAUGAAUGGAACACAAGCCCUGCCUUUGCUCCGCCCCUGGAGGGGAAGAACACACAGCACUGGCCAAUCAGAAAACGGGGUCCGUAUUUGGACCAGUGGUGUGGAAAAAAGAGAGAAAAGAUGCCGUGAAAUGCCUGUCGUGAAAAGAUGCUGGAGGUCAGAAAAUAACCUGAACGAUAUUUAGAAACGGUUCGUUCGUUUGCAAAACUUUAAUGUGACGUCACCUAUGGCUGGAGUUGCUAAUAUUACAAUAUUUUUUUCUUAAGGGUCAUAAGUUGUAGAUAAACAGACCCACUUUUUGGUUACAGCUAGUUUGUGAGCAGAGGUAAAUGAAGAUACCAUUAAAAAUACUUUUUUAUAUACAUGUAUACGUUAUUCAAUAGGUUUUUUGCUUUUAAUUUUUUGUCAAGGCAAACUCUGAUGUGUUUUAUUUUACGUUUCAACUCCCCACGACUGGGCAAAUGUUUUUUGCCUCUUCGAUCGGCACAGAUAUCAGACAUUUCCCAGGUGGGCAGAUUCAAAGCGGUUUUUGUGCUUCUAGAGAAUGUGAUUAUUCAGUUUUUCGUUUUGCUGCCUUAUAGUAGCUGACGUCAUGUUUCUGAAUAAAUUAUUAUAUUAUUAUUUUAAGUUUCUUGUAGGAAAAAACCCACUGUAUAAAGCAAACAUAAAGCCUUGCUAUGGAGUUCAGAUGUGGGCGUGUUUCAGAUGUAUUUCUGUACUUUUCACUACAAAUUUAUGCUUAACUGUUGUUAUUAGAAGCCAUUCCUUUGAGGCCAUAAUGGUUAACAGAAUGUUUCUUUCCUUAUUUUUGAGAUUUGGUCCAUCCACAAGACAACUUUUUCGGACCUUGCACCACUGGAUUCAUUCCAACUUUUUUUGUUCACAGGUCAUGGUUUUUGAUGUUGUUGCUUUCAUAAAUAUUUUUUGUGUUACAGACAGGCAGGCCUGCAAAGUUACAUUAAUUUAUAUUGCUUUAAUUUUAUUCUUUUUGUUUAGUGUUUUGCUCUGAGGAG